AUGUCAUUAUCGGAGGAACAGAUCCACACCCUGCACGAGGUUAUCUCACAAUUCCGAGCACUACAGGAUACUUUGCCGACACAACUGCAAGGCAUUCGAGAUACUUUGACCACUCAACAACAGCAAAUCAAUAAUUUGUUAAAUAGCUCAAAUAUCCCAAAUGAUUCGAACAUCAAGGUUCCAUUACCCUCCCCGUUCAACGGCAAACCUGGCCAAUGCGGCACCUUCUUCUCUCGACUGGCAGUAUAUUUCGCAGCGAGCACCACCUAUACACUACGGCCCAACUGA